CACGUCAGUCCGCUUUUAGUUUUCGCUGUGAGCGCACGCGCGCUAUUGUAGUGUAGCUAAUUUUGUUUACAAACAUUUGUGCAAAGUGGCUGUUAAAAACAAUUUAAUGUUUAUGCGCAACCUAUAUAUUAUGGGUGCAUAGUGAAUAAACAGAUCUGUUGAGUAUUUUGCAUUGAAAAUAGUGCCAUAGAAUUCCUUCGGAUAUAGAUAAAGUACCCACAUUAGACGGACUUUGAGUCUAUGUGACUGCUUUUGUUUUAUCAAGAUUAAUGCUAAGAUUGCUCGCACAGUGACAUUGACAACCGGCAUCAUGGGCGGGAGACCAAUAUAAUUAUAAUUAUACAUGCGGGUCAAUGAACGAUAACCUAUAUGGAAAUCGUCUCUGCUUUAUUUUAUAUUAUUUUUAUUUAUUUGGAGAUCCAACAGCCGUGACAUUAACAAAGAUAAAUAUAGUAGAUACAGGAAGCCAAUUAAAGGAACUCACAGAUUGCCAAUAACCAACUCAAAAAUCAUGGCAAAAUGUUUCCUCAUGGCAAAUCGAGCUUUGACUGCAACCAAGAAAAUCCCCUUCAGUAUGAGAAGGCUCAGUGGAACCCCAAUAUCCCCGUGGACGAAGGAACGCAUUAUAAAGUCACCCUUGAAUCCGGUAGAAGUCCCGAAUUGCACUGUGCAUGAAUAUGUUUGGCAGAAUUUGGAGAGAUGGUCAGAUCGGACGAUGGCGGUGUGCGGCUCAACGGGGCGAGGCUACACAUACUCUCAAGGCUACCAACUGUCCUCGGCGUUCGCAGCCAACCUGCGGAACAAGCUUGGGGUUCGCGAUGGCGACGCCGUGGCUGUCAUGCUACCCAACGUGCCCGACUAUCCCCUUGUGGCCUUGGGGAUAUUGGGCGCGGGCGCUCUCAUUACUAGUAUCAACCCUAUUUAUACAGCUCAUGAAGUCCAACGUCAACUGCUCCUCUCCGACGCCAAAAUCAUCGUCACGCUCCCAGAAACAGUGGACACCGUGAAAAACGCCCUAACCAUGGCCAAACUAAAACUACCAAUAAUCGUAGUCAAAACCAACGAUCCCACCCCACAAGGCACAAUAGUCUUCAACGAACUAAGUGAUGUAAACGUAGACUUAUCAUGCUUGAAAGAAGUGAGGCGGACUGCGAAAGAUGUGUGUUUUCUGCCAUAUUCAAGCGGUACCACUGGAGUGCCUAAGGGAGUGGAACUGACGAAUGAGAAUCUAGUGGCUAAUAUGGAACAGAUCAAUGAUCCGGUUAUCAGGACGCACAAUGAUACUACAGCAUCUCACCAAGACUCCGUCAUGGCAGUGCUACCCUUCUUCCACAUCUACGGCGCCGAGGUCAUCAUGUUUCACAAGCUGUCCCAGGGCAUCAAGCUGGUGACCCUCGCCAAGUUCCAGCCUGAAUUGUUCCUCGACGCUUUAGAGACGUAUGAGGCGAAUCUCUUAUUCGCGGCUCCUCCUAUAAUACUGAUGAUGGCGUCGCAUCCAGCCAGCUCCUCGAAGAAGCUGCAGCACCUGGAUGUCAUCAUUAACGGUGCGGCACCCCUGGCUUCCGCUGAUGGAGAUAGGCUCAUCCAAAAAGCCGAGAGGAAAAUGGACUUCAGGCAAGGCUACGGCCUUACCGAAACGUCGCCUGUGGUCACAAUGACCCCUAGAGGCCUCGACAACUACUCCUGUGUCGGUCUCCCUAUACCCAACACGGACCUUAAGAUCGUGGACCAGAACCUAAACAAUAUGGGACCUAAUGAGAAAGGCGAGCUCCUUGUCCGAGGGCCUCAAGUCAUGAAAGGCUACAAGAAUAACGAGAAAGCGAACAAGGAGGCCUUCACAGAGGAUGGCUGGUUCAGGACAGGAGACUUGGCCGUUGCUGACGACCAGGGCAUAGUCACCAUUGCUGACAGACUCAAAGAACUUAUCAAGGUCAAAGGUUUCCAAGUACCCCCAGCAGAGCUAGAAGCAGUCCUACGCGACCACCCAUCCGUCGCCGACGCAGCCGUCAUAGGCAUACCUCACAAAUCCGACGGAGAAGUACCUAAGGCCUUUAUCGUCCUAAAAAAAGGACACGAGGCACAGCCGGGACAUAUAUGCGGUUUUGUAAAGGAGAGGGUGGCGGUGUAUAAAAGGAUUAGGGACGUGCAGUUUGUGGAGAGUUUGCCGAAAAGUGCCACGGGCAAGAUAUUGAGGAGGGAACUCAAAGAGAAGUACACGUGAUUUGAAGAGCUGUUUAUUAUUAUUAUUAUUAUUUUAUAUAUAAGCUACGUAAAUAAGAGAAAAUGGCUUCUAAGUUUAAUCUGAUAUAUAAGGAUCUUUUUUUGUAAAAUCAGUGCAAAAUAGAAAUUUUUCGAAAUCAUUAGCUAUGGCAUGAUAUUUGACACAACUUUUAUGACGAAAUUUAUUUUUACCAAUAAUUAUAUGAAUGUGAGUACAGUCAGCAUCAAAAGUAGCGGAUCAGACAAGGUGUCAAAAGUAUCUACCAUUUUGUAACAGCUGAACAAAAAGUGAUGGUUCUAUAUGUAGAACAAUUAAGACUGUAAAAGAUAUACUUUUGAAUGUGAAUUUUAAAGAAAUAUCUAUAUUUGGAAAAGUUAUCAGGAACAUCAGAUACCUUUGGCGCGAAAAACAGUAUGAGCGUUGCUAACUGGCGCGGACGCGUGUGACAGAUUUCAAAUGUCAACGCACGGUAGCUGUACUGUACCCCUAGUGUAAAUUUAUUCGAUAGCGAAACGUGACGUACGCGUUUGCGUUAAGUCUCAUUUUGUACGGGAUUUUGUGUUUCCAAAACGUCCCGCUUGGCGCGCUUUUUCUAAAUCCCAUACAAAAUGAGACUUAACGCCUCGAAUAAAUUUACACUAGGUGUUCAGGUCUAAUAAGUGUCUUAAUUUCUGAAACAUAAAUUUUUUUAAAGAUGUUAAUAGAAAUGUGUGAUCAGGGAAGUCGAAAAGAAAUAUACGUGAAUAUAUUAAAUACAUAUUUUUUCAGCAUUAGCUAGGUAAUUAAAAGAAAGUGCCUUAUCUAAGGUUGAGUGAUACUUCCAAUUUUAUAUCAACUAUGAAUUUUAUUAUCUCUCUUGAUUAAAAUAUAAAACAAACUAUUCAAUUAAAUUGUCGAUAUGUCAGUUUGUUCUUUAAAGGUGAGUAUUAGCAAAGAGAAUUUGAAAUAGAGGUGGAUGUCAAAGAAAAUUUUGUAGCCACGGUAAAUUUACUGCCGUCUUUCGUAAACUUUUAGAAGGGCUAGAAAUUUGAUACUUAUGAAGUGAAAACUUCUUUAGCGGCGCUGUGCACUUUUUGUGAUGGGGAGAAAAUGUUAAACUCGCGACAGGUCACGUGACCGACAGAUUCGUCAGAUUGAAAAUUCGUAAGAUGUACACGUGACCUGAUCGAAAAACUGUUACAAUGUCAUUGAAGCCAGUAGAGUCGAUAGUGUAAGAGUGGAUGAAAGUUGAAAUUAUGGAUGGAAGUUGAUUUUUCUGAGAGAUAAACUUUUUAAUGUUAAAUAAUUGUAAUAUUUCUGAAGUGUUAAAUUUUUGAUGUAAUAUAAAUUUUCAUGUUUGUGUACGAAAGCGCAAUAAAUGAAUAUUGUAUUUUACCACAUAAAUUAUAGUACUUUUAUAUUGAUAAUUAAAGCAAUUCGUGCAAAAUUAUUCCCUAACCAUUCCAAAAUAUCAAAAAUGCACAACAUUCAUAUUCAAGUUUUCACUUCUGCCGGCACUCCUGAAGUGCAAAUUAAAAAGUGGCGCCAUCUUACCAGGCAUCGGCUAAAGGUUGUGGCGACAUCGCUCUAAACGUUGCCGCCGUACCUUUGGCCUUUGAUCUAUUAGAUGGCGCUACUUUUUGAUAUUUAACAAAUUUAACACAUAUCUGUGAAAGAAUAAAGAUUAAAGUGAAAUGACAUUCUAAAAGUGUCGUGUCGAAAGAUGGCGUUAAAUUUAAUAUAGCUACAAAAUUUUCUUUGACAAACCACCUCUAUUUCAGAUUAUAUUUGGUAUUAGGGAAUAAAGUAAAAGUCACUCUGUUGUCAGUUUUAAGGUGACGUUCAGAUGUCAACUGUCACCUUUAGCCAUUUGUAUUAAACUUCAUAUAACCGAUAUAAAACAGUAUUAUGUGACUGUAUGUACAUAAUUAGCCAUUAAAAUACGAGUGUGGGGUCAUAUGAGUUUCAUUAUGAUUUAAUCAUGUAGCAGUAACAUAAACUACUAUAAUUUGUAAACUUUUAAACAAUGGCUGAAUGAUAAUCAAGUAUAAUUAUUAAAAUAUAAUGUCUAUAAUAAUGAAUAA